GCCAGUGGUUCGGGUCCUGGGAAGGGGCAGACAGGCCAGGCAGAGGAGUGGGGUGGGGGGCGGUGUCUGCCCACGUGCUGUGGGGGGAGAGAAACAAUGAGGCCUUUGGUGUUUGUGCAGGAUCCACCCCCAGCUUCCCAGCGUGUCCCCUCUGCGGGCUGGAUCCGGGUGGCUGCUUGGGGGUGGAGCAGGGGGCCCUGAAUGGGCCCCUUGUCUCAAGGCUGGGUGUGGGCCAGGCUCCCCGGGCACACGGUGCCCUCACCAGGCCUGGCUGGCCGCCGUGGCUUCCACCCCCAGCUGGCUGAGGACAGGCCCUGUGGGUGAGCAGGCCCCUCCCUGGCAGCCUGGGCUUGGGUCCCAGGCAGAAAUCAGCAGCCAGGGAGAAAGACCCCAUCUAGUGGGGAAGUGGAGAAGCAGCAGCCACAGCUUGGGGGGACCCUGGGAGGAGCGGCAGGAGACCCUGACCAGAGGGGAUCUGUGUGGGGAAGCCGGCACUCCAGGGCCCACCUGGGUUGGGCCCCUUGUCUACCUCCUGAGAUUUACAAUCUCAGACAAAUUCUCCAGAUUUUCUGACUCUCGGAUUUCUCCUGGGUACCAAGUGGCGCUGACAGUCACAUCAAUCUUGAAGGGCCGGCGUGAGGAUCACAUGGCACAGUGCAUGGAAAAUGCCUAGCACAUAGCAGGCACUCAAUCAAUGUCACUUUCCUUUCCCUGGAUCUGGAGCAAGAAGGGUUCAGGCCAGAAGCAAGGGGCUCCAUGGGUCCUGGAAGGGCCUCGGGGGUUGGGACCAGGGCCAGAUGGCUCUCACAAUGGACUAGAACUCUCUGUCACCCUAGGUUCUUGUGCACUUUGACUCCUCUCCCUGUCCCAGGGAGGGGAGGAAGGACCUGGGAUGAGUUGCUGAAGGGAGCUUUGCCCCUAGAUUUCCUAUUCCUUCCUUCCCUGCUGAGCUGGAGACUCUUCAGCUCUUACAAGACCCCUAUGGUGGCAGCCAGUGACCUGCAGCCCCAAAUGCUGGCUCUGUCCCUACUUCCGGUUCAGGAAAGAUGGCUGUGAUCAUGAGGUUCUUCGUAUGGAUCAGACGGGUUUGGCAGAAAGUGACCUGUUGGGUUCUCCGGUGGAGACACAGAGCUAAGCCAACCAUCUUGGAAUCCACUUGCUCCAAGAAACAGGCACUGAAGGUGAUGGAGAAGCCUCCCAAGGAGAUUGAGACUGUCAAGUUGAUCGAACUCCCCAAAGAGGCUAAGGUCCCCACUCGGGAGAAGCCCUCUGAGGUGGCCGAGACCUAUGUGUUGGCGAAUACCAUGGAUGAGACCGAGAUGGAGCUGGGCCGUGAGUCUCGCUCCCUGCUGCGACUGCCCCAGACAGCUGUCCAGUCGGUCUCCACGCUCAUGUUGUCCGCGCUGCAGAGUGGCUGGCAGAUGUGCAAGUGGAAGUCAUCUGUGAGUUCAACCUCAGUGACCUCCCAGCUAAGGAGACAGUCCCCCCUGGAGACCCCGGAGGCUGAGAUGCUGCGGGAAGUGUACCUAGUGCUCUGGGCCAUUCGGAAACAACUUCGGCAGCUGGCCCGCAGGCAGGAGAGGCGCAGACGCCACCACAUCAGGACCCACUGUUCUUCCCAGCUUGACCCAGUGCAGGGCCUAAAGCAGGAUGCCCGAAGUCCCCUCUAGGGGGAAACCUCAGAACCUCAGAAAGGCCCCGCCCGUCUCUUAGGCAAGGUUGCUAGGAGGGGUCAGGGCAGCAGGCCAGAAGUUAUGGAUGAGGAGACGUUUUCCAUACUGUCACCUCUCAUCUCAACGGGAACCCAAGGCCAGGCCUGGGGCCCCACACGUUCCCCUUUAUUGUGUUUAUUCAAUUUGUAAAAAAAAAAAAUUUAUCAAAAUAUUGAGAAAUAAAUAUCAAAUA